AUGGAGUCUGAUUCUGAUGAGGAUAUAGAAGCUUUUGAUAUCUUUAGGGACCUAGAUAUCGAUCUCAUGGAUGUGUUUACGCGGUCCCAGCGUGCUGAGCUUAGAAGGAUGGCCCGGAUGCAUAACCUUCGAACCACAGCUGAUUUCGUUAGAAUGUUCCAACAGCAGAGGAACGAGCGUAUAGUGAAGCUUUACUGGCUUUUUGGGUUCUUUCCGCUUCCGAACGUCAACUAUUCGCUUCUAUGGCAGCGUCAUAGACCCGCUGAUUUGGUCAGAUCAAGCAUGCGGUUGUUCCUAGCGAUCUCAGCAGCCGCCGUGAGACUAAGCAGGCUCUUUGUCUACGGUAUUGCUGUGUUCCAAUGGCUCAGAGAUAUCCUUCAGGCUGUUUUGAUUUACAGUUCGAUGGUGACUUUUUCACCUAACUUCUUUGUGGAUAUUGAAACGUACGUGUUUAGGGAUACUCAGGCCCUUUUGCAGCCGCGUAACGGCACGUCCAACUGGCUAGAUACCCUACCGAUCAAUGAUGGGAACGUCUUUGAUUGGAAUUUGUGGACCAUGAUAUUACGCGACAUGGUUUCCAGUACUGUUAGAAUACAGUGCACCAAGGCAGAAGACGCAUCCAAAACGUGUGUCAUUGAUAGAAACUCAUUGAUCUUCCGGUUCAGUGAUGUUAUUGCACUUCAUUUUCCUAUAUUCGACAGAUUGCCCUCACCGGUGUUGACCAUUUUAGUGGUGCUCUUGUACCUCGUCUACGGGUUUGCAGGGCAGAUGAUCUCAUUCAAUGUUCUCAUUUACUACAUGAUGCAGCUUUUCUCCAGGUUCAACGGUAUGAUCACAAUUAUCACCGGCGUUGGCAAAAUCGUCUGGCACAACGGUACAGAGAUGAUAAUGUAA